CACCUGUCACAGAAAUCAGUAUCAAUCGACACUUGUGCAAGAUUAAAGAGCCUUGCUUAUUUGGGCUAAGGUAUUCUGAAGCUAAAAAUAUAAUCCAAAAUCCUAUCUCAGCCAGGACCGCUAUGUUUUGCAUGUUGGAGGAAGAUAUGCUGAACAGAAUGUAAAGAUAUCAUGGCCUUACUUACAGUGACAGAUAUGGAAGGAACAGUAUCAUCCUCUAUUCAUCAAAAUGGUGGCAUUGUUGGAAAUUCUACCAUUUCUCGACCGUCAGAACAGCUGUUUCGAAUUUACCUUUAUAAUUCCCCAGGAAGGACAGAAGGUGACUAUCUACUGUUUCCAGCUGGAGAGUAUGUCACAGAAGAAAUUUGUGUGGCCUGCUGUAAGGCUUGCGAUUUUAUUUCCCACACUGGUAUUGUAGCAGUAAUAUACGAGCAUAUCGGUAUGGCGUUUCUCGAAGUGCAGAGAGUCCCAUCCUUGAUGAUAUUGUCAUGUGUUACCUAUUUGCUCAGUGGCGAGAAGAUUUUGUCCAUGGGUGGGUAAAAAUGGCUGUGACUCAUGAAACACAGGAAGAAUGUCUUGGAAUGGCUGUCCUGGAUAUGAUGAGAAUGGCCAAAGAAAAGGACCAAACUCCAUUAGCCAUUUACAAUUCUGUAAGCUACAAAAUGUUUUUGCCAAAAUGCAUCAGAGAAAAAAUCCAAGAUUAUCAUAUUUUAACACGAAAAAGAAUAAGGUACAGGUUCCGGAAAUUUAUUCAGCAAUUCAGCCAGUGCAAAGCAACUGGCAGAAAUCUGAAACUGAAAUAUCUCAUUAAUUUGGAAAUCCUCCAGUCUGCCUAUUACUCGGAAGUGUUUAAAGUGAAGGAUCCUGGAAGAGAACCUUCAAAUACAGAAUCUUUUGCAACCAUCAUUAUAAGUGGAAAUGGUGGGAUACAGUAUUCCAGAGGAAAACAGAAUGCCAGUGAGAUGCUUACAGAUGAGGGCAUACAAACCUACUGUGAUUUUCCUGAUAUUAUAGAUGUCACUAUUAAGCAAGCAAAUCAAGAAAGUUCUGGAGAAAGUAGAAUUGUAACCAUUCACAAGCAGGACAGCAAGAAUCUGGAAGCGGAAUUUCAUUCAUUAAAAGAAGCUCUUUCUUUUGUAUCAUUAAUCGAUGGAUAUUAUAGAUUAACAGCGGAUGCUCAUCAUUACCUUUGUAAAGAGGUGGCACCUCCUUCAGUUCUUGAAAAUAUCCAGAGCAAUUGCCAUGGGCCAAUUUCCAUGGACUUUGCAAUCAGCAAACUAAAAAAAGCUGGCAAUCAGACUGGCUAUUAUGUUCUUCGUUGCAGUCCAAAAGAGUUUAAUAAGUACUUUCUUACCUUUGCUGUGCAGCAAGACGGCAUAAUUGAUUAUAAACAUUGCUUGAUAACAAAAAAUGAAAAUGGAGAAUAUAAUCUCACUGGAACUAGAAAAAGUUUUACCAACCUUGUGGAUUUGUUGAAUUGUUACCAUACAGAAACUGUCUGAUCGGAUAGUAUGAUUUUCCAAUUUACCAGAUGCUGCCCUCCANCCAGGCUCCUUGCUGAGGAUAAAAACCUCAUGCAUGGAAAUGUAUGUGCAAAAAAUAUCUUGCUUGUCAGAGAGGAAGAUAGGAAGUCUGGGAACCUUCCUUUUAUCAAACUUAGUGAUCCUGGUAUCAGCAUUACAGUUUUGCCAAAAGACAUUCUUCUGGAGAGGAUUCCAUGGGUGGCCCCAGAAUGCAUUGAAAGUCCCAAACAGUUGAGCCAGGCAGCAGACAAGUGGAGUUUUGGGACAACUCUGUGGGAAAUCUGCAGUGGAGGAGACAAACCCCUCAAUGCACUGGAUUCUCAAAGGAAGCUACAAUUUUAUGAAGACAGGCAUCAGCUUCCUGCUCCCAAUUGGACAGAAUUGGCAAAUUUGAUAAACAAUUGUAUGGAAUAUGACGCAGAUUUCCGGCCCUCUUUCAGAGCAAUUAUACGGGAUCUGAACAGCUUAUUUACGCCAGAUUAUGAAUUAUUGACAGAAAAUGAUAUGUUACCAAAUAUGAGAAUUGGUGGUCUUGGAUUUUCUGAAGCUUUUGAAGGACGGGACCCAACUUACUUUGAAGAGAGACACCUCAAAUUCUUGCAGCAACUUGGCAAGGGUAAUUUUGGAAGUGUGGAAAUGUGUCGAUAUGAUCCACUGCAGGAUAAUACAGGGGAAGUGGUAGCUGUGAAGAAACUGCAGCACAGCACAGAAGAAUACUUACGAGAUUUCGAAAGAGAGAUCGAAAUUCUCAAAUCUCUGCAACAUGACAACAUUGUCAAGUACAAAGGAGUGUGCUAUAGUGCAGGUCGGAGAAAUCUGAAGUUGAUAAUGGAAUAUUUACCCUAUGGCAGUUUACGGGAUUAUCUCCAGAAACACAAGGACAGGAUGGACCAUAAGAAACUCCUACAGUAUGCUUCUCAGAUAUGUAAGGGCAUGGAGUACCUGGGUUCAAAAAGAUAUGUACACAGAGAUCUGGCAACACGAAAUAUCUUGGUGGAGAAUGAAAACAGAGUGAAAAUUGGAGACUUUGGCUUGACAAAAGUUUUGCCACAGGAUAAGGAAUAUUACAAAGUAAAGGAACCAGGAGAGAGUCCUAUAUUUUGGUAUGCUCUGGAAUCCUUGACAGACAACAGGUUUUCUGUGGCCUCAGAUAUGUGGAGCUUUGGUGUGGUCUUGUAUGAACUCUUCACUUACAUAGACAAGAAUAAAAGCCCUCCGGCAGAGUUCAUGCGCAUGAUUGGAAACGAUAAGCAAAACCAGAUGAUUGUGUUCCAUUUGAUAGAGCUUUUGAAGAAUAGCGCGAGGCUGCCAAGACCCGAUGGAUGCCCUGAUGAGGUUUAUACCAUCAUGUCAGAGUGCUGGAAUAAUAAUACAAGUCAGCGGCCAUCUUUUAGGGACCUUGCUUUGAGAGUGGAUGUCAUAAGGGAAGGCCUGGGUGGAUGAAAAUCCUGGACUUGAUUCAAGGGGACAUGCAAACAUGAAGAGCAAAUGUACUUUGCUCCUUAAGCAGUUGCAGAUUAUCAGCCUUCCCAUGCAUCUUCUUCCCAUCCUUGAAGACUUUGGGGGAACAUCCCAUCAGAAUGUACAAAUGGUGAAGAUCUCUGCUUUAGCUUCUUCAUCAGGAAUGCUACCACAAUGCACCAACGGAAAGCACUUUGAUAGAAAAAGGAGUUCCCUUUUUAAAAGCAUAAAACAGUAGAUAGCAUCCCCUGUAAAUGGAUUUACAGAUCAAAAUGUCAAGAAGGAAAGUCAUGGAAAGGUGAAGAGUUGGUCUACGAAUGUUUUCUUUUCUCAGCUGAAGAAAAUUUAGGCUGCAAUCUUAUAACGUCUAUUCCAUGGGGUAUACCCUAUUAAUUUCUUGAGACUUGAGAAAACAGAUAGAAUUGUGCUCUUAAACAGAUGAUUACCUGCAGAAUGCAUACUGUUUGGCUUCAGCACAACUGUUAAAGAAAAGCACAUUCCUAAAGGCAUCACUUUGAAGAGGAACAAAUGUUUGAAUUGAAGCUUAGCAAUGCCUAUGGACAUCAGAUCCACGCUAUGGUCUCAAUCACUUGUACUGAUUAGAAAAAAAAUCAUUUCUACACUUUGUUAUUUAGUCUCCAUUUGUCCAUUGUGUUUCCUAUAAGUAGAUGAGAUUAAUUUGUUCAUUUGCCCAUUGCAUAUUUCUUAUAUAUGAUUAUGCAAUUCUUUUGAGAAUAUACAUUCAAUGUAAAAAGACAUGGUAGAGAAGCAAAGAGCUCUUAAGAUAAGAGGAGAAAAUAGCACAACUAACUCUUGGAGUUGCCUUUAUAUCGUGGAAGAUCCCCAGACUUUCAGUGUGGCAUCCAAAAAAGGAAACUUGCAGAAUGUGGAAGACAUCUCUAUCCUGCCAGAAUUCGUAAAGCAAUUCUGAGGGCCUGUGGAUUACAUUCCAAAAAGCACCUUGAGAAUUCCUAUUUGCCUUUUCUAUAGGAAACAAAAUGGUUUUGCGUACUUUUUCAUGGCUUACACAAGGGCUUGCAUUUUUUAAAAUGCUAGUUUAGCUAGUUUUUACCAUGUUGAGGUGUUAUGGCUCCAGUGAAGAGAACAAAUCAUAGGGUUAGUACUUGAUUGAGCAACUAUAUGCCUAUCUGAGCCAGUGGCGGGUCGGUAAAAGAAGCAGAUAUGCCUGUUGAGGCAGUAUAAUGCACUGUAUAUAUAUAUAUUUUUGUGCGGGGGGGAAAGGAACAGAUAAGUAUUUUUUUUUUAAGAAAACUUGUUAAAAUUACCUUUUUAAAUAAGCAAAUAGUUGUCUAUUUUCCUACCUUUGUGUUUGUGGACUUGUAAUGCUUGACUAUGUCUCCUUAAAAGUGCAAAGAUUGAAACCAUAUUGUAGCAGCUUAAUCCUUGUUUGUCUUGUUAUUUCCUUAACUUUUAUAGGAUGGUUCAUUCACCUGAAAAGAGAAGUAUGUCUGUGAUGUUACCAGGAUAAUUGAGGCCCAUCUUUUCUUGGGUUAUUGGAUCAUUUGGCUGUAUGUGACUUCAGUCGUGUAAUAGGAAUUGGUUGCGAUUACACUGCCUAGAUUGUGAAAUAAGGGUUAGUCCCUGCAGAUUUAUGCUUGGCAGUAUCAGUGGCACAACUUCAUGUUUGCAAAAUAGUACGCUGUUUCUGGCACUCUUGUGCUUUCCAACUCUGUGUUAACUUAAGCAUUGGCCAUAAAAAUUCAGAGGAAAGCAAAUGAAUUGAAUUCCUUUUUCCAUAGUUUGACCGCCAAGUCUUGCUUUCGAAAUGUGAAGUUUCUUUUAAGCAAAUUUGAACUCAAUUAAAUUCCCAAUAUCGGAUGAGUAAGUUUGGUCAAAGAAGCAGUGGCUCUUUGCUACAGAAGCCAAAUUAAAACUUGAAAUGUAUUUAUAGCAAAAUGUAGGGUAGGUGGCCAUGUUCUGUAAGCCUCUAUAGUCAGUUUAUUUACCUACCUACCUACCUCAAGCAUAGAAGAAGGUACAGCAAUGUGAAUCUUGUAUGGGAUUAAACAAGUACCUCGAAAUGCAGAUGUCCAGGCUGUGAGUGCCAGUUUAAAAUAGUUUGUGCCACUAGGAGCACUGGCAUAUAUAUCAAAGUGGACUGACUAGGCCUGGCAUGGCUCCCCUUCCAAACAUGCCAGAUUCCUCAGUCUGGCUCACUGGUAAGGGAACAAGACCCGUCUAUUUUGGAGAAUCCAUGCACAAACCAUAGUUCUAUUGGUGGGAGGUGAUAGGAAGUCCCUUUAUGAGAGGAGCCAUCCCAAUAUCUAAUUUGCUCAGGUAAAACCUUAAUUUUAUUUUAAAGAGUAGGAAAUUAUGUUAAGCAACAAAGGGGGGCAGGGAGGUUGUAAUUGUAAAUAGUUACAUUUUGUGUGUUAUCCUGUUAUUGAUGGCUGAAUUUUUUUCCAAUAGCAUUUUAAGAGAGAGAGUUUUAUUGUAUAUUUUUAAUGGCUUUGGAUGAUAUAUUGCACAUUUGUACAUUGAUAGAAAAUUUAUUGUACAGAAACUGCAUUUUGAUUUUGUAGAAUAUUGCGGUAAAUGCUUGGUGGUGGGAUUCUCCCCAGUUAACCAAAUGAUCGUAGCAUCAGGUUGAAAGCAACACGAGCCAUCAGGUUCGGCAUCACUCUUGUUUUUGAACUGCCUUCGUCUGAUUGAGGAUUUCAUAUUUCAUAUAAAGGAAGAAAACUCAGGGAAUUUUGUGCAAUGCAAAGAAAAGUUCUUCCAAAAUUAUUUUUUUCAAGUGACUUUUUUUUUAUCUAAUAGAAUUGGGAUAUUCUACUUUCCUGGUAUAAGGAAUUUAAAAUAUUUAACAAAAAUAUUGAAGUGCUUUGUUUGAAACCACCUCCAUUUUGAAUUUCCAUU